UCGAAGUCUCUCAACAGUCUGAUACGUAAAGGUCUAAAGUAAACAAGUCAGCUGAAGAUGAAGGCUAUUUGCGUGUUCGUCGCUGUGAUUUUCGCACUCCUCAGUGUCCUGGACGCUGUGCCCGCUCCCCAGUUUGGUUUCGGUCGAUUCGGUUAUCCUGGCUACGGCGGAUUCGGAGGAGGAUAUCCCGCCUAUGGCGGAUUCGGUUAUCCAGGCUAUGGCUUUAACAACGGCUUCGGCGGCUCCAGUGCCAGCUCAACUUCUUCGGCCUCCGCCAACAGUUUCGGCGGUGGCUUCUUGGGAUAAAAAGUAUUCUUAAGCCCGAUUAAUAUUAAUAAAUUAAAUUCUAUAUUUUUGUGACCCCAGAA